AUGAACACCACUGCAGCAGCUAGCUACACCACGGUGUUGGUUGACGUGGCCAAAUCCAACAACACCUUCAAAACCACCGCCGUCGGCAUGGAGAGGAUUGAGAAGUUCUUUGCGAGCCGACGGUCUUCGACUUUUGCCUCAAACUUGUCUUUUGUGGUUUCUAAGUUUUUAGUUCUUUUACUCUGUUACGGCAGGACUUAA